AUGGACUUUUCCAAGCUACCAAAAAUACGUGAUGAAGAUAAAGAAAGCACAUUUGGUUAUGUGCAUGGGGUCUCAGGGCCAGUGGUUACAGCCUCUGAAAUGUCAGGCGCAGCCAUGUAUGAGCUGGUGAGAGUGGGCCACAGCGAGUUGGUUGGAGAGAUUAUCCGAUUGGAAGGCGACAUGGCCACUAUCCAGGUGUAUGAAGAAACUUCUGGUGUGUCUGUUGGAGAUCCUGUACUCCGCACUGGUAAACCCCUCUCUGUAGAACUUGGUCCUGGCAUUAUGGGAGCCAUAUUUGAUGGUAUUCAAAGACCUUUGUCAGACAUCAGCAAUCAGACCCAAAGUAUCUACAUUCCUCGAGGAGUAAAUGUGUCUGCUCUUAGCAGAGAUAUCAAAUGGGAUUUUACACCUUGCAAAAACUUACGGGUUGGUAGUCACAUCACUGGUGGAGAUAUUUAUGGAAUUGUCAAUGAAAAUUCACUCAUCAAACACAAAAUCAUGUUACCCCCACGAAGCAGAGGGACUGUAACUUACAUUGCUCCACCUGGAAAUUAUGAUACCUCUGAUGUUGUCUUGGAGUUGGAAUUUGAAGGUGUAAAGGAUAAGUUCAGCAUGGUCCAGGUAUGGCCUGUACGUCAAGUUCGGCCUGUCACUGAGAAGUUGCCUGCCAAUCAUCCUUUGUUGACUGGCCAGAGAAUCCUUGAUGCCCUCUUUCCAUGUGUGCAGGGAGGAACUACUGCAAUCCCGGGGGCUUUUGGCUGUGGAAAGACAGUGAUUUCGCAGUCUCUGUCCAAGUAUUCCAACAGUGACGUAAUCAUCUAUGUAGGAUGUGGUGAAAGAGGAAAUGAGAUGUCUGAAGUUCUCCGUGACUUCCCAGAGCUCACAAUGGAAGUUGAUGGUAAGGUAGAGUCAAUUAUGAAGAGGACAGCUUUGGUAGCCAAUACCUCCAACAUGCCUGUAGCUGCCAGGGAAGCCUCUAUUUAUACUGGAAUUACAUUGUCAGAAUAUUUCCGUGACAUGGGCUAUAAUGUCAGUAUGAUGGCUGACUCCACCUCUAGAUGGGCUGAGGCCCUUAGAGAGAUCUCUGGCCGCUUAGCUGAAAUGCCUGCAGAUAGUGGAUAUCCUGCGUAUCUUGGUGCCCGUCUGGCCUCUUUCUAUGAGCGAGCAGGCAGGGUGAAAUGUCUUGGAAAUCCUGAAAGAGAAGGGAGUGUCAGCAUUGUAGGAGCAGUUUCUCCACCUGGUGGUGAUUUUUCUGACCCAGUUACAUCUGCUACUCUUGGUAUUGUUCAGGUGUUCUGGGGCUUAGAUAAGAAACUAGCCCAACGUAAGCAUUUCCCCUCUGUCAACUGGCUAAUCAGCUACAGCAAGUAUAUGCGUGCCCUGGAUGAGUACUAUGACAAGCACUUCACAGAGUUUGUUCCUCUGAGGACCAAAGCUAAGGAGAUUCUGCAGGAAGAAGAAGAUCUAGCAGAAAUUGUACAGCUUGUGGGAAAGGCUUCUCUAGCAGAAACAGAUAAAAUCACUCUGGAGGUAGCCAAACUUAUCAAAGAUGAUUUCCUACAACAAAAUGGAUAUACUCCUUAUGACAGGUUCUGCCCCUUCUACAAGACAGUCGGGAUGCUGUCCAACAUGAUCGCAUUUUAUGAUAUGGCCCGGAGAGCUGUUGAAACCACUGCCCAGAGUGACAAUAAAAUUACAUGGUCCAUUAUCCGUGAGCAUAUGGGGGAGAUCCUCUAUAAACUUUCCUCCAUGAAAUUUAAGGAUCCAGUGAAAGAUGGUGAGGCAAAGAUCAAGGCCGACUAUGCACAGCUUCUUGAAGACAUGCAGAAUGCAUUCCGUAGCCUUGAAGAUUAG